UCCCCGCGGCAGCCGCGGCGGUCCAGUGACAGCGGCGGCGGCGCUAGCUGGCCGAAGUAACGCAGGGUCGCGCGGCCCGGAAACGCAGACCCGGCCUAAGCGCCGCGCAAGUAAGGCCGGAUUGGGGCCGCGCUUCAGAUUACCGCGCGGCCGCCGGGUUAGGGGCCGGCGGGAAGAAGUGCGGGAGACACUGGCCGCUGGCGGCCCGUAUCCGCCAGUCUCCGCGCCGCCGUCGGCAUGAGCCACAUUCAGAUCCCGCCCGGGCUCACUGAGCUACUGCAGGGCUACACGGUGGCGGUGCUGCGGCAGCAGCCGCCUGACCUCGUCGACUUCGCGGUAGACUACUUCACCCGCCUGCGCGAGGCCCGCGCCUUGAUCUCUGUCCCGCCCGCCGCCGCCCCUCCUUUCGGCCGCCACGAGCCAGAGCCUUAUCCCGUCGCCGACGCCAACGCGGACGCCGACACUGAGGAGGACGAGGACGAGGACUUGGACGUUCCAACUCCUAGCAGAUUCAGUAGGCGAGUAUCAGUCUGUGCUGAAACCUACAAUCCUGAUGAGGAAGAGGAAGAUACUGAUCCAAGGGUGAUUCAUCCCAAAACUGACGAACAGAGAUGCAGACUUCAGGAAGCUUGCAAAGAUAUUCUCCUUUUCAAAAAUCUUGAUCAGGAACAGCUUUCUCAAGUCCUCGAUGCCAUGUUUGAAAGGAUAGUGAAAGUUGAUGAGCAUGUCAUUGACCAAGGAGAUGACGGAGACAACUUUUAUGUCAUAGAACGGGGAACCUAUGACAUUUUAGUAACGAAAGAUAAUCAAACCCGCUCUGUUGGUCAGUAUGACAAUCGUGGCAGUUUUGGAGAACUAGCUCUGAUGUACAACACCCCAAGAGCUGCUACCAUUGUUGCCACCUCAGAAGGCUCCCUUUGGGGACUGGAUCGGGUGACUUUUAGAAGAAUCAUAGUGAAAAACAAUGCAAAAAAGAGGAGGAUGUUUGAAUCAUUUAUUGAAUCUGUGCCCCUCCUUACAUCACUAGAGGUGUCAGAAAGAAUGAAGAUUGUGGAUGUAAUAGGAGAGAAGAUCUAUAAGGAUGGAGAGCGCAUCAUCGCUCAGGGUGAUAAGGCUGAUAGCUUUUACAUCAUAGAGUCCGGCGAAGUGAGCAUCUUGAUUAAAAGCAAGACUAAAGCAAACAAGGAUGGUGGGAAUCAGGAGGUCGAGAUCGCCCGCUGCCAUAAGGGGCAAUAUUUUGGAGAGCUUGCACUGGUCACCAACAAACCCAGAGCUGCUUCAGCUUAUGCAGUUGGAGAUGUGAAAUGCUUAGUUAUGGAUGUACAAGCGUUUGAGAGGUUGCUGGGGCCCUGCAUGGACAUCAUGAAGAGGAACAUCUCUCAUUAUGAGGAACAGCUGGUGAAAUUGUUUGGCUCCAGCAUGGAUCUGAUCGACCCCGGGCAGUAGGUGUGCCACACCACAGAGUCUUCUCAGUGUGACACCAAAACCUUCUGGUCAGCCACAGAACACACCUGGAAAACAAACACAACAGAACAGUUCCUGCUGUUGCCACCGCCACUGCCACAGCUAUGGCUGUGGGCAUUUAGAUUACUUGAAAGUCAGCACUGAAGGAUGGGCAAAGGUUCAACCCAUGCCCCCAGUUUGCUUCUGAAAGUCCAUGAUUAGACCACUUGUAAUGAUUAACUCCAACUCAAUUUCUACAUCUUUGGUUCAAAAUGGCAUGUCUCUCCAACAGUUUAAGUGCCUGAUACAAAGUCCAAAGUGUAACCAUCCUCCUUUCCCUCUCUUGCUGCUAUGCUUUUGGAAGUUACCACAGGGUCUGCAGAAAUUUGUUGUGUAACUGUAGAUAUCCUUCCCCAGCUUUUCUGAAGGGAGGAAACUCCUCAUUUCUCCUUUGAGAAAGUCCACCUUUGUUCACAAUUGUAGCCUUUGGUUUUUACAAUGGGAAAUGAUGGCAGAUGUGAUGGAGGGCUGUGGUCCUGUGGCAUUGUGCUGUCUGCUGCACACAUUGCAGCUCUCUCCAAGCCCACAAAGAAGCUUAGGGAGAGGCCCUGCCCAGGGCCCAGCAGGUCAACACCCAGAGCAAACUGACCCAUCAGUGGAACCUAUGUCAGAGCAGAAAAUUUGGGUUCUGCAUAUUUUACAAGUAGCAGAGAGCCAGGGAAGGUUUUUCUGGGUUGUGGGUUUUGCAUUUUAUUUUUUUUAGUAGAUUUUGUUUCGUUUUGUUUUUUAACCUCUGUGCAGUUUGCCUGAAUUAAUUGUCCUUUUAUAAAGAGUCAGGGUUUGGCAAUACCAUCACUUUAUCUGACCCAAAUACUUUCCUAGGCAACUCUUGCCAUCCCUUGCUUCCGGUGGUCCCUGUCAGCUGAUGGCAGUGUACCGACAAGAGAUUGUGCUACAGAGAGAGCCCUUUUUUGCUACUCCAUAGUUGUUGCAUUGCUUUGCUGUUGUACCACCAAUUUUUAAACUCGUUAAAGAGGAAGAAGCUGGUUUUGUUAGCUCUACUUAGGGAAUUCCCCUCAGACAUAUUCAUACAUGUGGAGUUUGUCAACUGACUCAGCAUUCAUCCCAAAGAUCUUUGUUAGUUUUCAAAAAUUUGCAAGCAUUCUCAGUUUCACAGAAUUACUACAAAAGCUUUUCUAAAAUGAAAAGCCUUUUUUGAGAUGUUGGGAUAUCCUAAUUGCUGAUCCCAGAGGACGGUAAUUUAGCUUAUAUUUAACACUUUUUGACCUAUUAUCAGGUAGAAUUCUGAUGAAUUAUCUUAAUUAACUAGCUGUAUUUCAGAAUGAAAGUUAUUUUUCAUCAGAGUGACAUAGAAUUAGACGUUACAAGGGAUCCUAGGAGCAGUGUGAAAUUUUAAUAAAAGAUAAAUUUGAAUGUCAUAGCCAAGUUUAUAUUAAAUUAAGAGGCCCUUUCCAAUAUCUUUUUUUUUCUUGUUAACUUUUAUAACUCAAUAAAUCCCUAUGAGAUUACUUACUGGGGCUUGAAUAUUCCUGUUGUGGAUAAUUACCGAGCCCACAUAGUCACCUUCCAAUGUCCACAAGAUCCAAGCCCUCUGCUUUUGGGCCUGGAUAGUGUGGCUAAGAGAUUUCCAGAGUGGGUUACCCACUAUAACCUUGGUAAUUCUCCCUUUUUCCUGUGCUCCAUGAAGUUAAAGUGGAAGGACUCUUUUCAGACUGCCCUGGAUAACUGGCAUUGCAGCUCUCAGAAUUGUGAAAGGUUAUGCUCCAAACAGGCAGCUAGCUCUGGGAAAGGCUGUGUGACAAUCGCACAUUUUCCCAAGGUUCAUCUUUUCUACAGUGUUGUUUUAUUAUCAAAUAAAUCCAGAAAGCAGGUCUUAGACUUUUAACAGGCAAAAAACCAUACCUGUUUCUUGCAAAAGUAAUAGAUACAUUGGGCCUCAGGAGUGACACAGAGGUCCAGCCCCAGGCUGUGUGAGGCCUUUGAACCCUGAGCAGACACCCCUCCUGCAUCCCGCAUGCCAGCGUUAGUGAAGGCUGGCUGUGAAUUCCAUGCCAGAGAGACUCCAGCAGGCUGCUAGGGAUGGGCCUUCUCAUCCCAUUCUAUCCUCUAAUACAUCUCAGUCUAGUCUUCCCCUUCACAAAGUCCUCUUUGACACCACUGACUCACUGAUGGCUGCUGUUUUGCUGAGUAGGAUCUGUCGAGUUUGAAUACUCCUGCUCUAAGUACAGAUUGAUAUAAGGAUCAGCAUCUAGACCCUCACUGCAUGUGCCCAUAGGGUUCCAGCUUGAGAAAGGGAGACUUUAAAAGGACCAGUGUGAGUGAAAUGGAACAGCCUUUACCGGGGUGCCAGGAGCCUGACAGCUUUCCAAGGUGCUUUGCAGCGUGGGGAGUCAAAGGUGGCAGACCAAGUUCCUGUCAGGACUGUGGUGCCUACCUUGUGUCAGGCAAGCCCCGCACUGAUGGUUAAGCCUCAUGAGGAGGAACAUGUCUUGGGAACAGGUUCCUUUGUUAAUUGUUUUAUGUUGUUCUCCUCUAUGGGUAAGAGCCUCAUGCUGUCUUUUCUGACUUUGUUAUUGGUUUUAGAUGGUAGAGAAUAUUCCUGAGAGUUUUGAGGUCUAACUUGCAGUAUUGUCCUUCCUUCUGGCCCCCAGCUUAUACCACUCACUCUCUUAACUUGAUUGUAUUCUCUGAAGGAAGGUUACACCUGCUUUGACCUUCUUAGUCAAUAGUCCUCUUAUAUAUGUUCGGGUUGUAUUUCCUAAGGAUUCUCGGAAAUCAGCUUAGAGCUUUUCUUUGAGCAGCUUAAUGAGUGAAAUCAGCAGCAGAAUCAAUAAGACAUGGUUCUCCAGCCAAGAAAGGUCAUGCUCUUCCUCUGUUAGCUGUUCACAAUGUUGGAGAAGUCGGUGAGAGGUUCCACUGGCACCCAGGAGCACCCUGGGUUUUCAUGUCGUAUCACAUUGUACAAAAGCCCUCUUUUCAUUCAGAAAAAAUGGAAAGGCAGAUUUGCACAGAGAAAAUGACCCAUGAAUGUCAUUUUGUUAAUUUUUGUUUUCAGUUGGCUGAUAUUAGAAUUUUUGUUCUUGACAUGCACUUGUAAACCAAUCUUGCCAAGAUACAAGUUGUUCUGGUUUUUCACUACAGUUACCUCUUGUUCCUCCUGUCUUGACUGCUGACAUUUCUCAGUGAUUCUAAUGUCUAUUUUAUGGGCAGCAGCCUUCACAUGGGUUUCCUUUUACACACUGCAGGGCUAUCUUUGUACUUCUUUAAAAAAAAAGAAAAAAAAAAAGAAAACUGUCACUAACUUCAUGGGGGGUUUACAGAAAACCAUUUAGCCCACCUUGAACAAAUCGUAGAUUCUUCAUUGUGUUUUCUUAAGUUCAUUGUAAUAAGAAAAAAUUCUAAUUCAGCAUUAUUGUGCUACCUCAAAGGUAAAAAUGUUUUAAGGUCUUCUUUGGUCCUAAGUUCAACGCAUAGUGUUUGAAAUGUUUUUCAAUUGGAAUUAUUUUUUAAAUCAUUGGGGGGAAUCUUAUUUAAACCCAUUUUACACUUGUAUUUUAAUCUCAGAAGGAUAAGUGAUUAGAAAGUGAUCAAUUCUUGCUCUGUAGUAUUGAACAUAUAAUUAAAAGUCAUUAAGAAUUGAAUCAUUGUUUGCCAUAAACAAGGUUGGUUUUUUAAAAGGAAACUCUAGGGCUCGGCUUCACUCUUAGUUAAUAAAGGCUGACAAAUCAUGUCUGA